AUGAGAUUGCCGUUUGGGCGUCAGCCCACCAUGGAGCCAAUUCCAGGUGAUCGAGUGACGCCACUACAUUUCUUUGAGGAUAGCUUGCUUGUUCAGGGCAAUAACAUGGCCGUAUCGCUGGUGUUUGAUGCGGUGCUUGACCCAGAGAGAUUGCGAGAGUCCCUUGAGGGCCUCGUCAAGCAAGACGGGUGGCAAAGGUUGGGAGGAAGACUGAGGAAAAACGCCGCUGGUAAGAUCGAAUGGCACAUUCCAGCCCAGUUCUCGGCCGAAAGACCAGCAAUCUCCUUUGCGCAUGUCGAUCAUGGCAUGCCUGCCACUUCACACCCAGCAGCCUCUCGGAUACCAAAGCCACAAGAUCGACCCUGCGUCGCCGGUGACCCAGAUGACCUAGAAGGUCUGGCGUGGGAACCUGGGUACAAGCCCAACGGGAUAAAUGACUACCUCACCUCGGAUCUUCCUGUCUUAGGGCUGCGCGUCAAUUCUUUUACCGACAAGACCGUUGUAGUGCUUCAGUGGCAGCAUGUUGCCUUCGACGCGCUGGGCAUGCAGUAUGUCGUCGAGGGAUGGAGUUCCAUGCUUUGGGGGAAAACAUCUGACGUAUUGAUGCCAUGUGGUUUUGACUCAGAUCCAUUCCACUCUCUUGCUCAAGGAUCGCAUCCCACAACGGAGGAACAUGUGUUGACUGACAGAAGGGUUGGGCUAGGAGGCUUGCUGCGGUGGGGUCUAGGGUAUGGAGUCGAUAUGCUUGUCCGAGCCAAGGAGAACCGCAUGGUCUGCAUUCCAGAGACGUAUUGGCGGCCGGAAUUGGAGAAAGCUGUAGAGGAGCUUCGUACUGAGGCGGUUGCAAAUGGCGAAGAUCCCACAAAAGUGUUCUUGACUGAGAAUGACGUUCUGACGGCCUGGACCUUACGCUGUGUAGUUGGCGAAAUGGAGAUGAGCCCCGAGAGAACCGUAGCUGCAUCAAUCGCCAUGUCGCUUCGCAAAUCUUUCGAAGGCACCCUCCUGCCAGCCUCUACCGAGCAUCCCUAUGUUGGCAACGCCUUCGGCUGGGCAAAUGUACUUGUUACUGCGGGCGACGUGACUUCUAAGCCGCUUAGCUGGCUCGCAAGGCAAGUCCGGCGCGCUAUUAACGAGCAGGGGACGCGUGCUCAACACGAGGCGUACUACACCAUGGUUCGCACUUCCGGGACUGGCCUGCCUAUUAUCGUAUUUGGGGAUGGUGGCAUGGCCCAGGUCGGCUUUUCAAAUUGGUCAAAAGCUGGUUUGUUCAACUUGGACUUUUCCCCGGCUCGCCGGGGCCCCAGAGAUGACAGUCUGCCUUGUAGGCCAUCAUAUGUUCAGGAAAACCAUGGUCCUGUGAAGCCUGCAGAUGGUUUCUUCAUUCUCGGGAAGGAUGAGAAGGGGAACUACUGGACUUCCGCGUGUAAGGUGAAGGGCCAGUGGGCAAAGUUUGAGGAGCAAUUGAAAGAAUUUGACAUAUCAGGCUCAGUAUGA